AUGUUGAAGCACCUUGAGCAACUUCUUAAGUCGCCACGGGAGCUAGCCCUGGUUUAUGCUUGCGAAUAUGCUGACUCUUUCAGCAGUUUCGCACUGGACUAUGUUUUCGUGUUGUACUUGAGCAUGUGUUUUGGCAUGAGUGACGUUGCGGCGAGCUGGAUUUACGGAAUAUUCGGCAUAAUGAGUCUAUUAUUUGGCAUUCUUUUUGGCCCCUUGAUUGAUAACAUCGGUGUGAAAUGGUCUCUGGUUCUCGGAACACUGACAUCCACCUUUGCACGGCUGGCUCUAGUAUUCGUCACAGACACAGUCACUCUUUUUGCUACGUUACUUGUCCUGCUCCCCAUGGGUGUGGCCCUCACCAGCAAUGUUCUCAAACUAGGCAUCCGACGGUACACUACAAGCGUUUCGCGUUCCUCAGCCUUUGACUGCUCGUACCUCGUUAUUAACUCUGCGGCCCUAAGCGCUGCCAUCAUGCUGACAGUGACAAGGACGAUAAUACCAGAUUUUGGGCUGCCUUACCGCCCCUACCUGUUGCUCGCGUGCAUUCCUGGAUUCGUGCAGUUUUUCAUCACUCUAUUUUUAAGAGAGACCGCCAUUGAUGAAGCCACCCAGUCCCUUACAGAGCAUUUUGGAAGCACAUUUCCAAAGACCUACACCCGGUCGAAUUCAUCUCAGUCGGCAUAUGAACUGGUGCUCUCUGUGAAUCCCCUGGUCGUGACAACCUUUCUCCCAUUGAUGUCCAUGUGCUUGCAUGGGAAAAACUACGAUCCCUAUAAUCUUCUAGUGCUGGGGACUUCACUGUCCGCAGCCUCUAUGUUUGUUCUUGCAAAUUUUUCUUCCGUAACGGGAGCUGUCGUUGGCGUUGCGUGCUUUACCUUCGGCGAGAUGAUAUGGGCACCUCGCUUGUUGGAGCUUUCCGUGAUGGUGGGGCAAGAGGGACGAGAAGGGACCGUCCUUGCACUAUCGGCCAUCCCACGUUAUAUCGCGCGAUUAUUUGCCGGAGCUUCUUCUGGAUAUCUCCUCGAAACGUUUUGUACGUUAUAG